AUGCCGCCCGUGGUGCUAUCCACCCAACCUCAGCCAGCGGGUAUAAAGGUCGCGUUGCUGGACAGGAUGAACCCCUUCACCAUCGUCUCUCCUCCAGCACUCCCUGGCAAGCUGCUCUCCGACAGUAUGCGCUGCUUCUUCCUCACCUCUCCUCUUGUCUCCCUGGCAAUGGCCAGUCCUCUGGCAGCGAGAUCCUACGACUACAUCGUUGUCGGAGGUGGUGCCGGAGGGCUCGUCGUGGCCAACCGUCUGUCAGAGACCGAUGCUUCCGUGCUCGUCAUCGAGGCUGGCGGUUCGGCCUUUGACAAUCCCAAUGUGACGGCACCGGAUGGAUAUGGACUGGCGCUGAACACCGCGCUCGACUGGUCUUACCCAUCCGUGGCCCAGAGAGGGGGCUCCGCCCACGCCAUGCAUGCCGGAAAGGUGCUCGGCGGGUCGACUGCAAUCAACGGCAUGUCGUUCACGCGCGCUGCAGCCUCCCAGAUCGAUGCCUGGGAGCAGAUUGGCAACAGCGGAUGGAACUGGCAGAGCAUGUGGCAGUAUUACCUCAAAAGCGAGCAGUAUCAGGCCCCUGGAGUUGAUCAGCUUCGUGGAGGAGCCGCGUACGAGUCCUCUUUCCAUAGCACCCGUGGCGACUUGAAGGUAGGCUAUCCUAAGGAACAGGCUAUCGAUGAUUUCCUCGCGCCCUUGAACGCAUCCUACCAGGAGCUCGGCAUUCCCUAUUCGCCAGACGUUAGUGGAGGCGAUAUGCAUGGGUUCAACGUUUUCCCCAUGAUGAUUGAUGUGGCUGAAAACGUCCGCUCUGACGCGGCUCGUUCCUACUAUCUUCCUUUCCGAUCGAGACCCAACUUGCACGUCUGGUACAACACCUCUGUCACUCGCCUCGUCUGGGGAGGUGAUGACAGCGCCGGCAAUGCUGUUGCGACUGGUGUCGAGGCCGCUAGUGUGGACGGCACAGCCUUGACUAUCACCGCGAAGAAGGAGGUCGUGGUCGCCGCCGGAGCACUAAGGACCCCCGCCAUUCUUGAGCUGUCGGGAGUCGGAAACCCUCAUGUCCUCUCCCAAGCCAACGUUACGACCAAGAUAGCCCUACCAGGCGUGGGCGAGAACCUCAUCGACCAAGUCAACACCGGCAUGUACUAUGCGACUCCAAACAACAAGACCUACGCAGGCCUCGCCAAUUACCUGUCCUACCCGAACGUCACGGACAUCUAUGGUGCCGAAGCCGCCUUGAGCCUUGCAUCGUCGGUGCGCAGCGCUCUGCCGACCUGGGCAGCCCAGAUCGCAGCGCAGAACAACAACGCUACCAAUGCCUCGACUCUCCUCUCGCUGCUCGAGGUUCAGCAUUCGCUUCUGUUCGAUGCUCAGGUCCCCGUUGCCGAAAUCCUCCAUGUUCCGGCUGAGCACUUUGGCUCCGAGUUCUGGGGCACGCUUCCUUUCUCUCGAGGAAACAUUCACAUUGUCUCUCCCGACCCCAGCACAUCCGCUGCCAUCAAUCCGAAAUACAUGAUGUUCGACUUCGAUCUCGAUGUCCAGGUUGGCAUCGCCAAAUUCUUCCGCAAGCUGUUUGCCGCCGAUAGCCUGUCCCGGCUCGCGGGCGAGGAGCUCCAGCCGGGCACCGCGACCGUUGCAGAAGGCGCCGCCGACGACGAUUGGGCUGCUUGGAUCCUGCAGAACUGGCGGCCCAAUUUCCACGUCCUGAGCACCGCCAUCAUGAUGCCGCGCGAGAUGGGUGGAGUUGUCAGCGACCGGCUGAAGGUUUACGGCACAAAGAAUGUGAGAGUCGUCGAUGGCAGUGUUCUGCCCUUCCAAGUCUGUGGGCACAUCACCAGUACCAUCUACGCUAUCGCAGAGCGCGCCAGCGACCUCAUAAAGGAAGAUGCUGGCUUUCAAUGA